AUGGAACUAUCUCUAUUCCACCAAAGCAAUCUACUCUACACACAGGAGGCCUUGUCGCGGUACCAGCCUGGGGGUUACCAUCCCGUUACCCUUGGAGAUACGUUCAAGAAUGGGCGUUACCACGUCCGUCUCAAGUUAGGAUGGGGUGGGUUUUCGACGUUCCUUGAUUGGUUUACCCACGACGGUCCUAAUGGAGUUCACCAAUGCCUUGUGUUUGAAUUACUUGGUCCUUCCGUUGAUCAAGUCCUCGCGGACUAUCGUGAGAGUCGAGAUAAGCUCUGUGCGGAAACUAUCAUCCGGGUGUCUACCCAGCUUUUGAAAGCUGUAAAAUUUAUCCACGGUUCUGGAAUGUUCAUGGUGCUAGUCAAGGCCGCAGAAUGGGUCGACUUGAUCGAUGAAGACGACGAAGAUAUUCGCCUCUUUGAUUAUGGAGAGAGUUUUCUUCAGGGCAAAGAGCCUGAACGAUUAAACCAGCCGGGUACAUUACGGGUCCCCGAGACUAUUUUCACGCACUCCUUUGAUUAUCGUGUUGAUCUUUGGCGGAUAGGUUGUAUGAUCUAUUCCUUCUUAUUCACAACAUACCCGUUUUGGUAUCUCGGUGAAGAUGAAGUAAUGGUUUUCCAAAUGAUUGGCUUCGUGGAGAAACUGCCGACUGGAUGGGAAUCAAAGUGGAAAUCUAUGCAGACGAAAUCUAGCCACGAUCUGGAGGUGGAAGGGGUGGUUCAAGGAUUGAUGCGAGUUUUACUAUCUAGCCGUAUCACUGCAGACGAGGAGCUCGGCUUGCUUUAA